CACUGCCUCCGUAUAAAUGCUUGGGAUGAGUUUCCCAGUGCUGCUUUUCGGCAGGAGGAGGGAAACCAGCUCCAACAUGAGGACAGCUCUCACCCUGCUGCUGCUGUUAGCCACCGUGCAUGCCGAGCACCGAGGUAGAGCUUAUGUCCGGGACAAAGUCUGCCAGGAGUUUAAGACCCUGGGGAAGGAGAACUUCCGAACCCUGACCAUCAUUGCCAACAGCAAGAAAUACUCCAACGCCACCUUCGAGGAGAUCAACCACCUUGUCCAUGAAAUUGUCUCCCUCGCUGAGACCUGCUGUGCCGAUGGUGCCGACCCCUCCUGCUACAAUGCUGGGUCCUCAGCUCUCUCAGCCAAGUCCUGCAGCAAGGGCUCACCAUUCCCAGCUCACCCCGGCACUGCCAGCUGCUGUGCCCAUGAGGGACUGGAGCAGAAGCUGUGCCUGGCUGCACUGCGGCACCCACCCCAGGAGCUGCCCCGCUACGUCCAACCCUCCAAUGAGGAGCUCUGCCAGGCCUUCAAGAAGGACCCCAAGGACUUUGCCGACAGGUUUCUCUACGAGUACGCCAGCAGCUACAGCGAGGCACCACUGCCUGUGCUCCUGGGCUCCACCAGGACCUUUCUUUCCAUGGUCUCCACAUGCUGCAUCUCCCCCAUGCCCACCGCCUGCUUCCUGAAGGAGAAACUGGAAAGGAAAUCCUUCUCCCUCCUCACUCUGAUGUCAAACCGGGCUUGCUCCCGCUUCAUGGCAUAUGGGAAGGACAAAUUCACCUUCAGCUACCUCACCUCACUUGCUCAAAAGAUGCCCAGUGCUUCCUUUGAGGACCUUUUCCCCCUGUCCUGGGAUGCUGCUGAGGUGUUUUCCCAGUGCUGUGACUCAGUGGCUGAGGACUGCAUGCAGAACAAGUUAUCAGAGCACACAGCCAAAGUCUGUGCCGCGCUGUCGGCCCGAGAUGAAAGGUUUGCCGACUGCUGCAAGGGCAAAAACCUGAUGCAGAACUACUUCUGCAUCUCGGCCCUGCCACCUGCGCUCGCCCCAAAGCUGCCCGAGGCGCAGAAGCCAACGAGUGAGCAGCUGUGCAGCAAGGAUGCAGCUCACCACACCAAGAGGUACCUGUUUGAGUUGGCACGGAGGCACACCAACAUCCCCGAUGUCUUCCUCAGCAAGCUAUAUGAUGCAACUGAAAAUGUCAGGGAGGAAUGCUGCUUUUUCAAAGAUGCCUCUGCCUGCCUGGACAGCAAGCGCCAGAGGAUGGGAAAAGAGCUGCCCCCCUUCCUGGAAAAGGCCAACAGGUUCUGCAGGCAGUACACUGAGUUAACUUUCCUUGACUUCAAGAAGAGGCUGCGGGAGAGCCUGAAGCAGACGAUGCCUGAGGCCAGCCCGGAGCUGCUGAGGCAGCUGGUGGAGCAGCGAGCAGACUUCGCCUCCACCUGCUGCUCCCCCAACGCACCCCCCUUGUUCUGCGCCUCCAAGGUGAGCUUGGAGCUGGGUGACGCAUGCGAUGGAGGGUCCUGCCUGCUGGGCUAGGUGCCCUGAUGUACGCUGCCAUCAGGGAACGCUUGUCUGGCCACACGUGGAUGGAAGAAGGAGAUACGGGGCUGGGGAAAAAAGGGUCAUGGCCAUACACCCCAGGGUUGAGCUCUUCAGGGCAUUCAAGGAAGCAGGAUGUUGA